AAAUUUCGAUAACUGUGUGUAUAUUUAUUUGUCGUGUGUAUAGUAAUUUACGAAGUAUUAAUUAUUUCAUUAUACAUCAGAUAUGAAUUAUUCUAGUGAAGAAAUAGAGAGGAAGCGCUUGUUAGCUUUGCAGCGCAAGCAACAAGCUCAAAUAAAGAGUAAUUCACCCAAUAUUAUUAAAACAGGAAUCACUAUACCCUCUAUUAUUGGCAAUGAAAACAAAUCGUCAAAUACAGCUAAGUCUCCUUGGCAUAAUAGAAACAGAUUUGGUGAAUUUGCAGCAAAGUCUGGAAAUAAUUCUUUUAAGAGCAACAGAAAAUUUGCCAAACAAAAAGAACGUUUUAAUCCUAUAGAAACAAAAAGUUUCUUUGGGCAGAAAACAUGUAUGACAGGAAAAUGUUAUAUGAUAAGUGAUGAUAGAUUUGUAUUGGAAACAUCAUCUUAUAUUCCACCACUUAUCGAAGUAUUAAAAACAAUUUCAAGUAGGGUGUACGAUAUGAAAACUAAAACAUGGAGUUUCCUCUUGAAAGAUUAUGAAAGUUUAAUGACAAAGUUGACUAAUUUCAAAUCUGAUGUACAAAUAAUGGGAUUACCAAAAACAGUUCUUGAGAUAUUCAAAAGAAAUAAUACUUCGGACAAAGUUGCUGCAGACAUUGAUUUAUCAAAAAUUGAUCAGCAAUUGUUGAAUCAGUUAAUGCCCUUUCAACGCGAAGGAGUGAGUUAUGGGGUAUCAAAAGGUGGUCGAUGUUUCAUUGCUGAUGAUAUGGGUUUAGGGAAAACUAUUCAAGCAUUAGGCAUUGCACAUUACUUCAUGGAAGAUUGGCCCCUUCUUAUUGUUACACCAUCUUCAGUUAGGUAUCAAUGGGCAGAAGCAAUAUACACGUUCUUGCCAUCUGUACCCAUACAUUAUGUUCAUCAGUUUUUAACCAUCAAAGACUUUUGUAAGGACAGUAAGAUUGUUAUCACAACUUAUGAUCUCUUAGUACGAGCAGUGGACACGUUUGAACGUCGAACUUUUGGUUGUGUUAUUCUGGAUGAAUCCCAUGCUUUAAAGAGUGGAAAGACUGCUAGACAUAAGGCUGCAGAGCGUAUAGUUUUCCAAGCGGGUCAUGUGAUUCUUCUUUCUGGGACACCAGCUCUGUCAAGACCAAUAGAACUGUAUUCUCAAAUAAAUCUUAUAAUGCCAAAUUUCAUGAGAUAUCAGGAUUACGGAAUCCGUUACUGUAAUGGAGAGAAAACUUCUUUUGGAUGGGAUUUCACAGGAUCAUCAAAUAUGCAAGAAUUACAAUUAUUGUUAAAACACACUUGUGUAAUUCGAAGGCUAAAAACUGAUGUAUUGAAUGAAUUACCAACGAAGAAAAGGGAAAUCAUUGUACUAGAUCCAGACUUAAUAAAAGUCGGCACAAAAGAAAUGGAGGAAGUGUCGAAAAAGUUAGAAAAGACAAAUUUAAGAGGGACAGAAAGACAUAACACUCUUAUACAGUAUUAUAAUGAAACCAGUUUUGCUAAGCAAAAAGCUGUAUGUGAUUACGUUUCUAAGUUAUUCAGGAAUAAACAAAAAUGUCUUAUAUUCGCUCAUCAUCAAAUCAUUCUAGACGCUAUUUGUGAAACAGCAGAAUCUAUGGAUACAAAAUAUAUUAGAAUUGAUGGAAAAACAAAUCCUGAACGAAGAAAGUAUCAGAUUGACAAGUUUCAAAAACAUGAUGAUUAUUUAGCUGCAAUACUGUCGAUUACAGCAGCAAAUUCAGGGAUUACAUUAACAGCUGCUCAACUGGUAGUGUUUGCAGAACUGUUCUGGAAUCCUGGGGUACUGUGCCAGGCAGAGGAUAGAGUGCAUAGAAUCGGCCAAGACGACAAUGUUGUUAUUCAAUAUUUAAUCGCUAAACGAACGGCAGACGAUUACUUGUGGCCUUUAAUCCAGAGAAAGAUGAACGUACUAAACGAGGUCGGACUCGAUCAAGAUUUUUCUCUCCAGGACAUUACUGUUACAAAACAAGCAUUACAUUCAAAACAGAAAAUAUUAAAUUACAUUACAAAUAGUGACAAAUUCCAAUCUAGGGCCAACAAAGAAAUAGUAAAAGAGACUGAAAUUAAUAAAAGUACAAAUAAUGUAUCAGAAACCAAUUGUGCAACUGAGGAAAUGAAAGAGUUACUUGAACUCAACGAAGAAGACUUGAAUUUUUGUGACUGGGAUGAGAUGGCAUAAGGAAUUUUUUUUGUAUUACGUAUUGUAUACAUUAUCGAAAUUGUAUGAAUGAGAAUAUUUAUAAAAACUGAAAGUGUUUUUCCUGUUAAAUGUUAUAGUCAUUACAAAAAAAGAUGAAAAAGAAUAAAGAAAGCAAUGUCUUUGGUGACUAUACAGUCGGUGGUAUCUCAGAUAUUUUGCAGAUAUGUUGGACCCCUAUAUGUCUUUUUAAGUAUACAAUAAAACA